AUGCAAGAAGACGAGAUUGUUGGCACAUUUAAAUGGAAGAAAGAAAAAGAAGCACCAAAAAGCUCACGACACGUUAAAGCUUCGCCUGAUCCGACUUACUCGUUUGAUCCCAAAGGAAGUAAUUUAACUGAAAUUGAGUGUUUUAGGUUGUUUUUUUGUGAAGAGAUAGCAAAUAACCUUUUAUUGUUUUCAAAUAAAAAAAUAGCCAAAGAACAUAAGACUGAUGAUAACAAACUUUCUAAAACGAGCAUCCUGAGGUACCUAGGAAUUCUUCUCUACAUGGGAGCUCACCAUGAUGUCAUUAAUCCCGUGGAAGAGCUUUGGUCAAUCGACCACGGAAAAUCUAUUUAUAGAAAUAGCAUGCCACGUGACAUGUUUAAAUUCAUUUCUUCACACAUCGAAACUUACGAUGUGGGCCAGCCAGAUGAUGUUUGUGAUGAUGCAUCAGACACUUCAGAUGAUGGGGAUGUCGAAGAGAAAGAGGAAUCUGAAAACGGGCCAGAAGGAGAGUAUUUCAACUGUGCGGAAUAUUCAGAUCGAGAUUUCAGAGAUCUCUCUGAAGAGCAACUCAGGAAAGAUGUCAGAAUCAAAAGGGGCAUCGUUGGUAGUGGAGUUGUUAAAGUCGUCCCUGCAAUAACUCCAAAUGCACACGACAGCUUUUCUAAAAUUAGAGUGAUUUUAGAUAAGUUUAUUUCUAAUCUUGUCAACCAAACCUAUUACAAACCUAGUAAUAGUGUUUCGGUUGACGAACAUUUGUUCUUAUAA